AUGUCCUUCCAGGUGCCCCAGAAUGUUCCUACGUUCAGCAGCACUCAACGCACGCAUGAGGACACAUACUGGCGGCAGAAACAAACUAGUAAUGGCCAUGCAAGAGGAGGACCCGCUAGUGGAAUCACAUCCAAGAUUAACGACAUCUUCGGCGAAGACAGGGGCCUGCCCAUGUACAAAGACAAACCUCAUUUUCCCUCAAGUCGGCGGAGAGGACAGGGUUUCUUUCGACAGAAAAGAGUGCUGGCAUUGAUUGGUUCCGCGUCACUACUGUUUCUCUGGUGGGUGGGAUGGUUACCAUGGAGCUCCCGCCAGUACUACGAUCCAGCUGACCACCAACAUUCUUUCUUCCACGCCGAAGACUGGUCAGAACAGAGGGAGGCCGUUAAAGAGGUAUUCAAGACAUCUUGGGACGGUUAUGAGAAAUAUGCUUGGGGCAUGGACGAAUACCACCCUCUUUCGAGGAAGGGAAAGAACAUGGUUGAAGGUGGCAUGGGUUGGAUUAUUGUGGACGCAUUGGAUACGGCCAUGAUGAUGAAUUUGACCUCGCAUGUCGCUAAAGCAAGAGAAUGGAUAUCUACGUCGCUUUCUUACACUGCCGAUCACGAAGUCAACACCUUUGAGACGACUAUCCGCAUGCUCGGCGGUUUACUAUCAGCAUACUACCUAUCAACGACUUUCCCACAUCUCGCACCACAGCGGGACGACGACGUAAAUCAACCCGGAGAGGACCUAUACAUCGAGAAAGCGACGGAUCUUGCCGACCGUCUCCUCGGGGCCUACGAUUCACCUUCAGGGAUCCCAUAUGCGUCUGUGAACCUAAACACCAGCCAGGGAGUUGGUUCGCACGUGGAUGGAGGGGCCUCCUCUACUGCGGAGGCGGCGACUCUACAACUAGAGAUGAAAUACCUUGCAAAAAUAACGGGAGAGCCGAUCUACUGGACGAAGGCCGAGCACGUUAUUGAAGUCAUCGAAUCCCAAAAACGCGAAGAUGGUCUCUUACCAAUCUACAUAUACCCUGCCACGGGCGAAUUCCGGGGCGUGAAUAUACGGCUGGGAUCCCGCGGCGACAGCUAUUACGAAUAUUUGAUUAAACAGUACCUUCAAACGGGUAGCGUGGAGGCGGUAUACUUGGAUAUGUGGGAAGAGGCACUCGAGGGUGUCAAGAAACACUUGAUCACUUAUUCCGAACACGCAUCCUUGACCAUCCUGGCCGAAAGGCAAAGUGGACUCAACGCCCCUCUGACAGCCAAGAUGGAUCAUCUAGCAUGCUUCAUGCCUGGUACCAUAGCCCUAGCAGUGACCGAAGGACAGACGGUUGAGCAAGCGAAGGCCAGACUGGGGAGCAAGUGGACAAAGAAACAUGACGAGAACCUCAAGCUCGCAGAGGAAUUGAUGAAGACGUGCUGGGGCAUGUACAAGGUCACUCCGACUGGCCUCGCCCCCGAGAUCUGCUAUUUCCAUACCGACAAUCCCGCUCCGCAAUGGCAUGUUGACUCGGCGUGGAGACCGCCACAUGCUGCCGAGCUCUCCGACGAUGCCGAUGCCGACUGGCGCCAUGACUACGAUAUUCACACAAACGAUGUGCACAAUCUUCAACGACCCGAGACCAUCGAAUCCCUCUUCUACAUGUACCGCAUUACCAAGGACAGGAAAUACCGGCAAUGGGGGUGGGAAAUGUUUGAAGCCUUCCGCGAGCACACCAAAGUCAUCGAUGAAUUGACAGGCCAGGUUUAUGCCUACACCUCCCUGGACACUGUGGUGGAAAAUCCUGUCAAAGAGAGGAAACGGCGCGAUAACAUGGAAAGUUUCUGGUUGGCCGAGACCCUGAAAUAUUUCUAUCUGCUCUUCUCGGAUGACGACUUCUUUCCUCUCGAAAGCGUUGUUUUCAACACGGAAGCUCAUCCAUUCCCGAAGUUUGACAUAUCAGGAAGCAAGGUCUUUACAACAGGCUGGCGCAGGACCAAAGGCUUGACUCCUGAGCGUAAGUCUGACGGCAGUGUGGUCGAAGAUGACUCUGAUCAGCUCAAAAAUAUACGUGUUGGAAGUGGUGUACGCUUUGACGACAAUGGAAACAGCAUCCCGGUCCCCGCGGAGAUUGGGGAGCAACAGGUCCCGGCUGCUGUUGGCGAAAAUGAGCACGAUUUCUCUCAGGGCCUACCAGUUCGCGCGCUUUCAGAUGGCACGGUGUCGCUUGAAAAUGGCGAGGAUAUCGCCAAACAGGGAGGCGAUUAA